AUGCGUACAUUUACAACUGUCGCGCUCGGCCUCGUGGGCGCUGCCGUUGCUUCCGCUUCAGACGUGUCCUCCCUCACAAAGGACACCUUCUCAGAUUUCAUCAACGAGAACGACCUAGUCCUCGCAGAAUUCUUUGCACCAUGGUGUGGCCACUGCAAAGCGCUCGCACCAGAGUAUGAGGAUGCUGCGACAACAUUGAAGGAGAAGAACAUCAAGCUGGCUAAGAUUGAUUGCACUGAAGAGGCCGAUCUCUGCCAAACCUAUGGUGUUGAGGGUUACCCAACUCUCAAGGUCUUCCGUGGCUCCGACAACAUUUCCCCAUACACAGGCGCAAGAAAAGCCCCAGCGAUUGUCUCAUAUAUGACGAAGCAAUCUCUCCCUGCCGUUUCUCUCCUCACAAAGGACACGCUUGAGGAUUUCAAGACCGCCGACAAGGUCGUCUUGGUUGGCUACUUUGCGGCCGACGACAAAGCCUCAAACACGACUUUCACAACCGUUGCCGAGAAGCUCCGGGAUAACUACCUUUUCGGCGCAAGCAGCGAUGCUGACUUGGCCAAGGCCGAGGGUGUUUCUUUCCCAUCCGUUGUUCUUUACAAGUCAUUCGAUGAGGGCAAGAGCGUUUUACCUGAGCCAUUCGAGGCAGAGGCCAUCGAGAAGUUCGCCACAACUGCAUCCAUUCCUUUGGUUGGAGAAGUUGGCCCGGAGACAUACGCUGGCUACAUGUCCACCGGCAUUCCCUUGGCAUACAUCUUCUCCGAGACGGAGGAGGAGCGCGCCAGUCUGUCAGCUGCUCUUAAGCCUGUGGCUGAGAAGCACAGAGGUGCUGUCAGCUUUGCCACCAUUGAUGCCAAGGCCUUCGGCGCUCACGCUGGCAACCUGAACCUUAAGCCAGAACAAUGGCCUGCGUUCGCUAUUCAGGACACUGUUAACAACAAGAAGUACCCGUUCGACCAAGAUUCAGAGAUCACCACCGAGUCUAUUUCCAAGUUCGUCCAGGACUUUGUCGACGGCAAGAUCGAGCCAAGCAUUAAGUCCGAACCUAUUCCAGAGACCCAGGAGGGCCCAGUCCAGGUCGUUGUAGCAAAGACCUAUGACCAGAUUGUCUUGGACGAUUCUAAGGAUGUUUUGAUUGAGUUCUAUGCUCCAUGGUGCGGUCACUGCAAGGCUCUGGCUCCCAAGUAUGACAUCCUUGCCGGGCUGUACGUUAAGCAAGGCCUUUCCGACAAGGUCACUGUUGCCAAGGUCGAUGCUACUGCCAACGAUGUUCCCGACGAGAUCCAGGGCUUCCCAACCAUCAAGCUUUACAAGGCUGGCGACAAGAGCAACCCAGUCACCUACAGUGGCAGCCGUAGCAUCGAGGAUCUGAUCAAAUUCAUCAAGGAGAAUGGUGCACACGGAGUUGAGGCCGUCAACGACGAGGAAGCCGGCUCGAAGCCAGCCGAAUCAGCGGCCAAGCAAGCCGAAGCUGCAACCGAGAGCGCAACUGAGAAGGCGGAGGAGACUGCCAGCGAAGCUACCGAGGCUGUCAAGACUGCUACUGCCGGCGAGGGGACCCAUGACGAACUGUAA